GGUGACGUAUAAUCUAGUGGACGGAACGCUUCUUCAACAACUGCAGCCACCUCGGUAGCUCGCUAGGCAACAAAGUCGGAACAUUCAAGUUCUUUAGACAAUUUCGUGUUUUAUUUGCCACUAUGAUUUAAACGUACUUAUGUGGAAACAACUUGCUACCCUAUUUAAUUUAAUAUUUACGUUGAAAGUCAACUAGCUGGCUUGUUUAGUUAGCAGUAGUUUAGUCGCUAAUGCUAUUUGGCUAUUAUCCCCGACCAUGAGCUCACUAAGUUACUCUCCUCCUGCUAAAGAGGAGGCUGUCUGCUGGAUGGAGAAAGAAGCUCUCGUGAAAGAGGAGGAGGAAGAGGAGGCUGUUACAAUACAACAACAUUUAGAGGGUGAGGCUGUUACAGUGAAAGGAGAUGAAGACGCCUUCAGCGUGAAAGAGGAGGAAGAAUAUGCAGUUUUUGGAGUGGAGGAGGUUACUGUCACAGUGAAAGAAGAUGAAGACGUUUUUGGAAUGAAGGAUGAAGAGGGGGAGAUUACUGUCACAUUAGAGGAGGACGAAGAUGAGAAGACUGGAAAACUGAUUAACACCAGUAAAUACAGAGAGAGACGGGGCUAUCAUGGAUCUUCUGGGGAGCCUCAACAACAUCAUGAUGCUGACAAGGCAGAGAAGAGUCUCUCCACAUCAGAACUCCUCAGGAAACACCAGCAGAGACUCACAGGGAAGAGAAUUCACUGCUGCUCUGACUGUGGGAAGAGAUUCACCUCAUCAACAGGCAUUAAAAUUCAUCAGAGAAUCCACACAGGAGAGAAACCUUUUAGCUGUACUCAAUGUGGGAAGAGUUUUUCUCAGUCAACCAGCCUGACAUCACACCAGAGAACACACACAGGAGAUAAACAUUUUUUCUGUCGUCAAUGUGGGAAGAGUUUUGGUCAUUCUGGCGAUCUGACAGUGCACCAGAGAAGACACACAGGAGAGAAACCCUAUAGCUGUGAUCAAUGUGGGAAGAGUUUUGGUAAAUCUAGCCAUCUGAAGGUACACCGAAGAACACACACAGGAGAUAAACCUUAUAGAUGUGAUCAAUGUGGGAAGAGUUUUACUCAGUCAACCAACCUUAUAUCACACGAGAGAACACACACAGGAGAUAAACCUUAUAGCUGUGGUCAAUGUGGGAAGAGUUUUGUUACAUCUAGCAGUCUGACUAUACACCAGAGAACACACACAGGAGAGAAACCGUAUAGCUGUGGUCAAUGUGGGAAGAGUUUUGUUACAUCUGGGCAGCUGACUGUACACCAGAGAAAACACAAAGAAUAGAAAUCUUAUAGCUGUAAUCAAUGUGGGAAGAGUUUUACUCAGUCAAACAGCCUGGUACAACACCAGAGAACACAAACAGGAGUGAAAGCUCAUAGCUGUGACCAGACAUAAUCUGAUAAAAGAUCGCUGAUCAAAUAUCAGAAAGUACAUACAUGAAGGAGUUGUUUCAUGAUAUCAAAAAAUGUAUGUCACAAUGUAGAAUGUUUUAACAUUGUAGUAGGAGUAUUUUGAUAAUGUCACAAUGUAGAAGCCUAAUCGUUUGUCACCUGUUCUAUUGAUUUCAGCAUGAUAUGGAUAUUUGCCUCAGGGGGAAAAUCUAUUUAUCUGAUUUAACAAAAAGUGAUUCACAAAAAAAGAAUUGUUACACUUACCACGUUCGUGACCCACUUGAAUGAAAAUGCAACACUUCAAAAUGUAGCUAGAUGUUUUCUACAAGUUGUUCUCUAACCAGUGAUGUACACAUUAUUCCCAGAUUCCGUGUGUUUUUUGAGCUGUUAGUUUUAACAGGACGUGCAACCUCAUCUCCCUCCUCUCGCACAAUUGAUUUCAACAUGAUAUUGAUGAGUGAUGACAAAUAAGUGUUGCGUUCCUUUGUUUAGUGACCCCUAAAUUUAAAUGCAUCACUCCAAAAUGUAGCUGACUGUCUUCUGCAUGUUGUCCUCUAACCAGUGAGGUAAAAUAUAUUUUUAGUUGUGUUAGUUUCAACAGCACCUACAACCUGAAUUCCCACCUAAUUGGUAUCAGGAAUUUUUUUACUACUUGUCAAAAUAAUAGCGUUUCUGAUGCUUGUGCAGUUUAUAAGGAGCUUGUUUAACAAAUACAAGUAAUAUGAAUAUUGUGGCAGAUGUUUGUGUACAUAGCACAUUUUAUGUUUAGGUUUUCAAUAUAUCACAAACUGUUCCUGCAUAUUGGUUAUUGAUUUAGACAUUUUAAAACUGUGUUUUGACAUUGGGGCUAUCCCACCUAGCAAAAUGUAAUUGAAAAUAAGACGAUGCCCAAAAUUUGUUCGGUUGUAAUUGAAAAUAUGUAUUUUUAAAAUUAUUUUCAAAACAACCUAAUUUCAACGUACUUUCAGUAGCCGAGUGGUUAGACCGUUGGGCCAGUCCCCGAAAGGUUGCUGGAUCGAAUCCCCGAGCUGACAAGGUAAAAAUAUGUUGUAGAACAAGGCAGUUUACCCACUGUUUCCAGGCCGUCAUUGAAAAUAAGAACACAUUUUUAACUGACUUGCCUAGUUAAAUAAAAAGUGGACUAGAAAGCUAGUGCGUUUUUGGAUUCUAUAGAGAAAUUUUUGAAAAAAAUAAUGCUAUUGUAUAUUAUUAUUUAGAAAUAUUUUUUUCCUGUCUUCAAUUGUUGACAGCCAGUAGAUGCCAUGUUUAUAUUGGUGAAGAAUUGUAAUAGAUUAUAAUGAGAAAUGGAACGUAGGACGCACAGAUUGGUUUCACCUCGUUAGUCUAUUUAAGAGUGUCUGGCCCAGUGCUCCAGUUGUCUUGAUAUGUGGAGAGUCAACACCUUUCGUUGCUCCACCUUUCUGGUUUACUUCCUGUCUUUAAGUUUGUUGUGGGUUUUUCUUUUGUUUGUCUCUUAUUGGGCAGAUUUAGUGGGUCUCAUGUUGAGUGUCUUUUAGCUCCCAGUUGUUGUUACUAGUCAAUUUUCAGUGGACACCCUCAGUCUCUUUCAGAACCCCUCCUAAAAAAACAAGCUUAUAUUUUGGGUUGGAUAUUGCAUCCGAUUAAUAUUGUAAUCAGUGGAAUUUCCUUAGGGUGCUCAUUAGUCUUCUGUUUGUUGUGUACUAAAUAUUUGUUUAUUUUCAUUGUCUUUUAUUUGUUUUUUUCCUGUGAAGCCAUUGUGUUGCAUCCAUGUCUGAAAUGUGCUGUAUAAAUAAAGCUUGGUUUGAU